AUAACUUUCGGGUCACGUCCCAUAAUGCCAAAUUACACCAACAGAGGUCAACGUCAGGCAUAUACUAAAUACAUCACAUGUUCCUCCCCACUUAAUUAUGUUACCCAUGUGAUAUAUGUAACACAUAAAAUGUCUUCAAUAAUGACAAUAAACAGCAGUAACAUAAUAAGGAAUGUAGUGACAGCCAACUUCCAAUGUAGUUACUUCCAUCUUAAAACAUUAACAUCAACACAAACAGUUGUUACUACUUAAGGGAAUGAGGUGGACUACUCAACCCUUAUAUUACCUUGGGGAUUAUUCUGCCCCAUGUUUUAGGUACGCAACAUGGGGCAGAGGGGAACGUCAUUCCCUCUGAGGAUAUCAGCCAUCGCACUGUCAAAAGGCAGUUCCACUGUAGCAGGAAUGGAACCAAGUUUGGGAGUUGCUGAUAGUUCAGGUUCAGGAACAGUCACCUGCAUUGGACUGGACUGAACAGGCUCUCCAGCAGAUGGUGCCGCAUUAACAGUUUGAUAUGGUUUAGUUACCGUAAAACCUUCUGAAGGGUCCACUGAUGCUUUUGGUCCAUAUAGUAACUGAUCAGUAUGACACCAGACCAGACUGCGCUAUGGCUUAAGCGGUAACCCACUUUUACUUGCUGUUGUAGUUCCAUGCUAAUACAGUGUCUCUGGUGGUUUCAAUUGGUCGACAAAGGUGCUCAACUUUCUUUUCAUGAAUAGUUCCAAAGGAACAAUUUUGGUGGUGGCAUGUGCUACAUUCCUGUAGGACAGAAGGAAGUUGUUUAGCCUCUGAUGAAGUAAGCCUUGCCCCUGUGAUGCCUUCAAGGCCUGUUUCAUGCUCUGGAUGAAUCUCUCUGGUAAUCCGUUUGUGGAAGGAUGAUACGGAGCAGAACGGGUGUGUUGUAUUCCAUUAACAUCCAGGAAUUUCUAAAAUUCGGGUGAAGUAAACUGUGGGCCAUCGUCAUUCACCAGUUGUUCAGGGAACCCAAAUCGGCUGAUCAUUUCCCCAAGUCUUUCAACUGUUUUCUCAGUUGUGGUGGAUCUCAUAAUGAACACUUCUGGCCAUUUCCUAUGUGCAUCCACUGCUACCAGAAACAUGUUUUCCUCAAAUGGGCCAGAAAAGUCUAUAUGGACACGUCUCCACGGUUCCUCUGGCCAGUCCCAUGGGUGCAGUGGGGCCGGAGGUGGCAUUUUGCAGAUUUUCUGGCAUGAAGGGCAGGUCCUAGCAGUUUCCUCAAUCUGUCCAUCCAUUCCUGGCCACCAGAAGUAACUUCUGGCAAGCUCUUUCAUGCGGACCUUCCCAUAGUGUCCGUAAUGUAGUUGCUGCAGUAACUUUUUCUGCAGAGUGGGUGGAAGAAUUACCCUUCAUCCCCACAGAAAACAUCCUGCCUGUACUGACAGUUCAUUCAGUUUUUUUGUUGUAAGGCUGAAACUCCGGGGUACAGCUAGUUCCUCCAUUUGUGUCUACAUCCAUCAGUUUAGCAAGCACUGAGUCAUUUCUGGUCUGUUGUCUCCCUUGAGAAGAUGUAAUUGGUGAUUCCUCCACCUGUCGAUAAUAGAAAAUCUCUGCUUGACAUGGCUCCACGUGAUCUACUGGGAGGGGUAACCGAGAGAGACUAUCUGCAUUUCUGUGCAAUUCCGAUUUCCGAUACCUGAUCUCAUAUGAGUGAGCAGACAGCAGUAAGGCCCACUUUUGCAUCCUACUUGCAGCAAGGGGGGGAAUUCCAGUAUGGGGACCAGAUAUUGUUGUGAGAGGCCGAUGAUCUGUUAAAAGAAUGAACUUCCUCCCGAACAGAUACUGGUUAAACUUAUGAACACCAAAAAUGAUCCCCAAAGCUUCCCUUUCUAUCUGUGCGUAUUUGCUCUCCGCUUUACUGAGUGUGAGCGAGGCAAAAGCAAUUGUUUGUUCUUGUGAAACCACUGCUCCUACUCCAUUCGUAAAGCAUCAAAUGCUAGCUGCAGAGGAAGUGAUGGAUCAAAGUGUGUCAAGACAUCUGCCUCCAGUAGUGCCACUUUUGUUUGAAUACACUCGCAUUGUUCCGUCCACUUCCACACUGUUUCCCGGCACAACAACUUGUAGUGGACAACUGUUGUGGUCCACUAUAGAGGGGGCAAUAAAGGUAAGCUCAGCCUUAAAAUAUCACAUACACUUUAGCCAUUAUUAUGUUUGCCCUCAUUUUAAGACACAAAACAUACAGAUGCACAUUUUCUACUACCAAAUAGGUACAUAAUAUAUGUUCCAUACAACACGUUAAGGUGAGUGAAGUCAAUUAUAAACUGUUUUUUCUUAUUUUCAGUGCUGAGAACGGAUCCCAACCAAAGGUGGAAUUGAGAGACGCCUCUGAAAGCCACGAUACAAAAAGACGUGACUAAGGGCUUUUUAGUGACGUCAACCAGACCAGAGGAGAAGAGUUCAAGAUUUUCCACAGCUGUUUCUGACAUAACUUGGAACGGGACCUUAACAGACUGAGAAACAAUAACACCGACGCCAUAACACUUGAAAGACUAUUUCCAAGUGAAACAAUCAUCUCUUGAGAUUUUACAAAUGGAAGGAGCUCCCACAGAAACUCCCAUCAUCAGAAUAGCUCUGCCACACAAAAUGUCUGAAGAGACUCUCACCUUCCCAGUUCAAGAAUCUCAACCCAUUUUCACUCAGCCAAUUACAGAGGAAGAAACAUUACCUGAAGAUGACUUCUGUGACGCUGGGAAGUCACUGGAGGAUCAUGAGAGCGACAGACACUUAUCUGACUUCAAGAAGAGUCAAGGUCCUGUGCAAGAAUCCACUUUGAUAGUAAAGCCAUUCAACCGGAGCCACUGUAUCUGGCGUCCAGUUAGCAUCAGCCAGAGGGAAAAAAUCAAGAAGCUUGUUGACGACAGUGAAGUCAACAGAGUUGGCAACCUGAUUUAUCGACCUACAAAAGAUUUUCUUAUUGCUGGAGGACAUGCUGGUAUUGAAGUUUUCUUGGGGCUGAGAAAUGAUGGCACUGAAGUUUCAAUUAAAAAAACUUCUAAACACAAAUGUGAAGUGCUAGAAAACGAGGAAGAAUUUCUUCGAAUUCCCAAACUUGAUCGAGCAUCCAUUUUACGAUAUGUUGAUGCUACAGAAGACGACAAGUACAAGUACCUGGCUGUUCAGCUUUAUGAAUACAACCUCAAGGAAUAUUUGGAGCUUAACAACACAAAUAUGGACAGAGUGAAGAUUGUUGAAAAUAUCCUAAAAGUCUUGAAUGUACUACAUCAUAACAAUCCACCAAUUCUCCACGGGGCUAUAACUGAGCAAAGUGUUGUAAUUGAUGUUACUGGAGAGGCAAAGGUAGCAGACUUUUCUCAAAGUAAAUACUUAGUCAUCAAGCAAACAACUGAGAAUGAAGAAGAGAAACCCUGGAAUAUGCCCCUAAGAGAUGAACGUGAGAUACAGAACAAGCUGGGGGAUGAUAUACAGAUGACAGGGAAGCUGUCAUUUUAUGUCCUGUCUGGAGGACAACAUCAUUCUGCUGAAACCUUGGAUCAAGUUGAAGAUAUUCUGGAACAAGAUCUUAUUCAGAGAAUGACAAAUGAAGACACACAGAAGAGGCUUAAAAUAAAAGAAUGUCUACAACAUCCAAUAUUUUGGACCCAUAAGAGGAGAGACGAAUACUUAAGAAGGUUUUCAAACAAGCUGGACAAAAAUACUGAAAAAGGAAAAGGUAAAAAGAAACAACCAGACCCUGACCUUAUUUCUUCAGUUGAAAAAUAUGACAGAAGAGGAUCCUUGAAGAACUGGAAAGCUAAGUUCCCAAUAGAGCUGAAAAUGAUGGAAAGCUACAAAUCAUACAACAAUGAUGUCUUUGGAUUACUACGCUUCAACAGAAACCUCUGUGAACACCAUGCAGAGAAAAAUGUAAACGUGACCUCAAUGUUUCCUGAUCUCUUUGGAUGCAUGUAUAAACUUGCUGAAAGCCAAGGAUGGAACCUGGAACCACCCCUACAGGAUGUGUUUCUAUUCACAAAUGGGUAGCUCCUUUGGGCUUUAUCCCGUCAGAGGUCACCACAGCGAAUGAUUUGCAUAAUUUUAUGGCAAUUUUUCAGUCCAGAUGACCUUCCUAAGACCUCUCUGCGGGGGAUUUGAACCUGCGACCUGGGCGACAGGAGCGCUAUGCUAACCACUGUGCCAAAUGGCUACCCACGAAUAAUGUGUUUCAAUUGUUUUGCAAAUUUACCUAAAUAAAUGAUGUGAAUGUAUUUAAUUUUUGUGUGGGCAUUUAUUAAAACUAACUACAGCGUAAUAAUAUACUAAGCACAACAUUUAUUGUAAAUGACAGCCUCAAUUUCUGCUGUGUGCUAUUAUUUUGAAGGUGGUACCGGAAGUUGUUUUGGUUUUCCUUUCUCGCUUCAUAUAACUUGACGGCGGACGAAGUGACGUUGCAGGGUAAACAACCGGUCGAGGAGGAGGAGAGGCAGCUCCCGAGGAGGAAAGGAGGCAACCUGGGUCCAGGCGUUUAACAGAACACGUUUUAUUUUUAUUUUUUUAUUAUGCAGUCUUCCAAGAGGAGCGAGAGCGACUGGCAGGGGCUGGUCAGCGAGUUCCUGGUGUGUAAACGCAAGCUGGAGAGUAAGAAGGAGGCCCUGCUCAUCCUGUCCAAGGAGCUGGACACCUGCCAGCAGGAGAGAGACCAGUACAAGCUGAUGGCCAACCAGCUGAGGGAGCGUCACCAGGGGCUGAAGAAGAAGUACAGAGAACUCAUAGAUGGUGAUCCGUCUUUACCACCAGAAAAACGCACCCAGGUCAGCCUGGCUCAGCUGCUGAGGGACUCCAGGGACCGAGCCAAGCAGCUCUCUGAGGAGGUGAAGGAGCUGUCUCAGAGGCUCGUGGAGGCGCAGGGGGACAACAAGCUCCUGAGGAUGACCAUCACUCGACAGAGGCUGGGGGACGAGGAGGUGGGGGCGCGGCACUUUCCAGCACACGAACGCGAGGAUCUGGUCCGACAGCUGGAGAGAGCGGGACUACAGAUGGAGGAGAUGGAGCACAGCGUGAAGGCUCUGACAGACGAGCUGCAGGACGUGAAGGCGGAGCGCGGCGUGUUCAUGGAGAAGGCCGAGCGGCUCAACCUGGAGCUCAACCACAUCCUGGGGCACCACGAGGCCCGCAUCAUCGACGUGGACGCCCUGUGCAUGGAGAACAGGUACCUGCACGAGCGCUUGAACCAGCUCCAAGAGGAGGUGAACCUGCUCAAGUCGAACAUCAUGAAGUACAAGACCGCCCUGGAGCGCAGGAAGAGCAGCGCACACGGGAAGUCGAGCAGCAGCGUCCUCACCGGCGUGCUCUCCGCCAAACAAGUCCAGGAGAUGCUGCUGGAGGAGCAGGGCUGCAGCCUGCCGGCCACGCCUCAGUCCAUCUCUGACCUCAAGUCCCUGGCCACGGCUCUGCUGGAGACCAUCCACGAGAAGAACCUGGUCGUCCAGCACCAGAGGCACACCAACCGGAUCCUGGGGAACCGGGUUGCAGAUCUGGAGAGGAAGCUGAAGACCUUGGAGGUGUCGGGGCUGUGGAGUCUACCAGGGACUCGCGAGAGCGUCCCGCUGAGCGGAAACCUCCCGCCGGAGCUGCGUCCCACUCCGGCCUCGUCGCGGCCCAGAGGUGACAGCACUUCCCAUGAAUCACCAUGGGAAUGCCACACCUCUGGCUGCGACCUUGGCACAGAUGGCGUCAGCGGGGGAGGCGCACCUGCGCUGCUCAGCUGUCUGGAGUCCCUGGGCGGGGGGGAGACGAAUGGGCCCGAGGGGAGAGGGGGAGAGCCCGCGGAGGCCGAGGCCACCUCACAGCUGGAGGGGGGGCGGAGCCCGGUGGAGGAGGCGGGGCAGGAGGUGGAGGGCGUGGAGGAUGAAGAGCUGGGCUCCGGCGUGGAGGAGGGGGAGGAGGCGGCCCUGGCGCUGGACGCGCCGCCCGCCCACGCUGACCUGCCGUGGCUUCCGGUUGAACGGGCCUCCGUUGAUCGGUCAGAGGUGGGUCAUCGCGUGGAGGAGGGGGGGUCCAAUACCGACUCACCUGCGAGGGGGGAGGCUACAGUAUCAGAGGACCAGGCGGCGGAGGAUUCAGGUGCAGGGGAGUGGGACAUCGACUGUGGAUCCGCACAGACUGACGCCUGUCACACGGAAAACUUGGCAUGAACGGCACCGAAGGACUCGAGGAGCUUAUUCAAAUCCUUGUCCUUGUCAUUCCUAUUGACGAUUGCAUUAAUCAGCCCUAGUUUCAUUCCUUUAACGUAGCCAGCGCUCACCAGCUCCAGCUCAGUCAAUAAAAGCGAGGGACUGCACUCCCACUGACGGAACCAUGCGUCCACUUUGUGUGCGGACGGGCUUGUUGCCGAGCAGAACCACAGGAUUCCACCUCCGUCCCCCGUUCCCUUCUUCACUGUUCUCGUGAUGGAAGAUUGACUUUGUUUCUGUUUUACACCACUUCCAAACUGGCUUCCUAAAGCUGAUACUCAUGUGCUGUACAUAUAAAUGAGUCGUAUUAGAGAUUAUAUGUAUGUAUAAUUUUACUAAGCGGACGGAUUUGGUUUGUCAGGUGGUAUUUGAGCGAGACCAUACGUAUGUGCCUUAUUCUGUGUGUGAAAACAUAUGAGAGAUAUUUAUAAAUGUUGGUGAUAAAACAUAA